AUGAUGGAGUCUGGACUGAAGAAGUCAAAAAGGGGAAUGGAUGAGAGAGAGAGAGAGAGAGAGCGGGAGCGCGAGAUAGAGAGAGAAAAGGGGAAGCAGGAGGUGAAAUGGAAUGUAAUCUCAGUUUUAAAGAUUACGCGUCAUUCAAAACACGCCGGAACAGUUGGAAAAAUCCAGACUCCAUCAUUUCUCGUUGAUUUCAAUCACAUGAAUUUGCCAAUCCUUGGAGCCACAAUGAAAAGAAAGAGUUGCAGUCCUUGCGACUCUCUCGUGAGCUUGUUUGACGAUGAUGAAUUGGAGGUUUCUGAAAUCCUGUUCCAAAUUCCUUGCAUAAUCUUCCAAUUUGAGAAUCGCAAUCGCCUUUUAGUCGCUUGGGGCGUUAGGAAGAGAAGAUCUGCCAUUGAUCCUGACUUAUAUCCGCCUUCUGUUCCUUCGUCGUCGUCGCCUCAUCUUCCCGGGACUUGUUAUGAUGAUCCUCAAGCGAAGGUUGAACCUUCCAGCACUGCCACGCCUCUCUCCUUCUCCCCCAACGAAUCUGAUAGCGCGUCUAAGCGCUCUAAGAAGAGUGUUUCAUAUAAAAAGAAGAAGGAAAAUUUGUUGAAGAUGGUUGAGGAUUUGACUCAUCAGAAAAAGUUGCUAAAGACGGAAAUCGAGAAUGUCGAGCGGUUCUACAACCCGUUGAAAGCUCUCAACUCAGAAUUAAAGGCAAAAAAACAACUGUUGAACCUUGAUACGGUAAUAGCCGAAGCCAGAGUGGAGAGCAGAGAGCAAGCACAUCCUCAACAGCCACUGCCCCUCCUCCUUCAAGACUCUGCCCCAGCCAGUGCUUUGGUGGCCAACCCUAUGGGCCCACGUGUUAUACCUGAUCUCAACGUCUCCCCGGAGGAGACUCUUGGACCGGAACUAGUUGCGCCGUUGGAUCUCAACCUCAGCAUUGCUCUGAACGCCGAUACCACACAACUGAAUAGGGUUGCAGCAACUCAAGCCAGGAAGAAGAGGCUUCAGAUUUACAGAGCGAAGAAACCCAAAGCCCCUCCCCAUACAAAUCAAUUUUUGAAGCUGAGUGUCAGUGUUACUAAUGUUUGAAACUCGCUAUAGAGCAUGUUCUUAUACGUAUUAGCAUCUUCAAGGCCAUGACAUUGUCCAGCCUAAACUAGAAUUGAAGGUAUUCCAUUGCCAUUUUCCAA